UUCGAUUGAACUACUGCAGUACAAAAACGAAUUGAUUUCUAAGUACUUGUCGUUAUUGGUAUUGUGUAUCGAAGGGUGAAUUCAGAGUUCGUGCGUUCAUCAGUUUGGCGACCGAAAGCGGGUUACGAAACACUAUUCAGAGUAGUAAAUUUAAGCUUUGCUGAAAUAAUUUUAACAUAAUUGCUUUUUCCGAACCUGUCAAAGACUCUGCCGACUUGAAAAAAUGCAGUCACACUCAAAUAACCCAGAACCGAAAAACCCAGAAACAUGUGUGGACAACGACAACGUUUUCUCAAAACCGUGGGAGGACAGCGACGUCGUGUUAGUUGUCGAAGGCAAAGAUUUCCAUGUUCAUCGCUCCAUUCUAUCAUUGCAAUCCCGGGUGUUUAAAGCGAUGUUUAACGGCAAUUUCAAGGAUGCAACACAAGACAAGAUCGAGUUGAAAGAAGAUACAAACCAGAAAGCAAUGUUGCAAUUCCUCAAGUUGUUGUAUCCGUCCAACAUGCUAGACGAAGUCAAAGGCAGUGUAUCCAUCACGGAUGAAAAUGUCUUCGAAAUACUUCAACUUGCCGACAAAUACGGGGCCAUCAACAUCAUAAAGCAAUGUAUGAAAGAAGCUGGGCGUCUUAAACCGGAAAAUACGAUGCGUUUACUUCCCUAUGCUGAGCGAAAUAAAAUGCCACUUGAGAAAAUAUAUGAUGCGAUUAUUCGACACGUCUCCACAACAAAACUAACCAGCUUCGCAUCAGAAAUCGGCAAUGAGUUCGACAAAGAAUCAGUUUACAUCGACGCUUUGAUCAAGAAAUGCUGUUUCUACGAAGACGUUGCAGAGCGAGCAAAUACAAUGAUACAUCACUUGUUGCAAAAAUGUGUUAGUUAUAACGCUAAAAAUCUUUCAAUCUUCGGCCCUGUAAAUUGCGCCCGACACGGAGCUCUUGACCUUGAUUUUAGGAGAGCCAGAAAUUGCAAAAAUUGUUUAGACGUUUACAAGAGGUUUUUUAUAGACCAAUUUGCCCGCCCCAAUCUUUCUGGUUGUCCAACUAGUACUACAGAGUCUCUCAGUGUGGACUUUUUGGAUUUACUUCAAAUCACAGAUGACAUUGCAAACUCACUUAAAAAUUAAACACUAAAAAUUUUCAUCUCAAGUCAGUUAAACAGUUGAUUCGAAACGUUAUACUGUAAUGCCAUACAGGAUUUCAUCAAGGCUAUAUCA